UUUCACCAUUUUUACAAGUAGAUUUGUACCUGGAGGUAAAUCCAAGAUUCAGAGUUUUGUUGAUAUUUUACAGCACACAACUCAGCCAUGUGAAUGUUACAUUUAGUAGCCGCUAUGACAUUGGUGAAUAUCUUCCAAAAAUAGCAGGUAAUACAAGUUAAGGCCAUAUAACACUAACCAUUUUAACCAAAUAACAACUACCAAAGACAAAGAGGCUCCAUCCAUCACACAGUCGUUGGCAACUGCCAUUGCAUUUCACAAGAAACAUUUAACUCACCGCCAUAGUUACACCAAACCCUGAACUAUAAAAUGCAGCCACUCCUUCAGAGCUUCAACACACACAAACAAAAUCAAAAUCAAAAUCAAAAUCCUAUAUCAUAAUGGCUUACAAAGCUUCUUCUUUACUUGUACUUGUUCUCAUCUCCAGUAUCCUUCUUUCCAUUGCUUCGCAAGCAGUCGCAGCGCGCAAUAGUAUUCCGAAUAAUUCCAGCAAGAAUGACAAGAAAGAGCCUCAGUUUAUGUUCAGGUCUGAUGGUGUUUAUAUUCCAGGCAUCGGCCGUGUAGGACUGCCUGGUUUUCAACCUCAAAAUCCAUUCCUUGGUGGCAGUGGAGGAGGAUCAGCACCAGCAGGUGGCAGUUAUGUUCCUGGUGGCGACGACACCUUGGUUCCGAACCCUGGUUUCGAGGUUCCUACCCCCGGAAGUGGUGGUGCAGUUCCAACACCAGUUUUUCCAUGAUUUAGCUCACUUAUGAGUCAUAAAUAAAUCUCAAUCUUAAAGUAAUAUGCUGCUACAUGUUAUGCAGAGUUCUUAGUUUCAUUGUUUAAGAUGCAUUAAGUAGUAUUCUGUAGGUUUGAUUGAUAGUUUCAUUUGUUUGCAACCCCAUUGUUGUCUAAGUAGUUAGUUGCU